AUGGAAGUAAUGUUUGCUCUGGAAAAGGAAGCAUUGAUGCGUCAGCAUAGGAUGGCGGCGAUAACGGCAAGUGGAAACUCUUCAAUAGAAAGAUUUUAUGCCGGCUCCACAGUCUUUGUUACCGGCGGCUCGGGUUUUGUCGGAAAACUUCUAGUUGAGAAACUGUUCAGGUCUUGCAAUGUCAAUAAAGUAUUUCUAUUGCUGAGAUCAAAGAAAGACAAAAAUGCACAGCAACGGGCGAACGAUAUUCUAAUGGAUCCGGUAUUCGAUAGUCUGCACAAACAUAAACCAGAAUUCGUGAAUAAUGUAUUGGCAAUGGAAGGAAAUGUUAGCAAAGUUAGACUUGGUCUUAACAAUUCCGACUGGAACACGUUAGCUGAACAGGUUAAUAUUAUAUUCCACGUUGCCGCAACGGUCAACUUUGACGAAACAAUUAAAAAAGCUACCCUGACCAAUGUGCGUGGAACCAGGGAAAUAUUGCAUUUAGCCAGAGCUUGUAAACAUUUGCGGUCUAUAGUUCAUGUAUCAACUGCUUAUUCCCAUGCCACCAAAAGUCGUGUUGAUUCAGCGGUGAAAGAGCAAUUUUAUGAAAGUCCGAUGCCGCCUAAUGUCAUGAUAGAACUGGCUGAAAACAUGGAUGAAAAGAACCUAAAUUCCAUCGCCCAAGAGCUAAUGGAUGACUGGCCUAAUACCUACUCAUUCUCCAAAGCAUUAGCCGAGGAAAUUGUUCGCACCGAGACUCGUAAUUUACCUAUAUGCAUUGUGAGGCCAGCAAUAGUUAUUUCUUCGUAUCACGAACCAAUGAUUGGCUGGAUUGAUCCAAAUAAUGCAUACGGAGCAAGUGGAAUUAUUUUGGGCAUAGCAACUGGUAUAUUGCAUACUUUAAAAGCAAAACAAGAAAUAGUCAUGAGUUUGGUACCUGUAGAUAUUGUCGUUAAUACAAUAAUAGCUGCUGGUUGGGAAACUACAAAACAGCAGACCAACGAAGACGAUAUUAAGAUUUACAACGUCACUAACAAUCGUAGUCCCAUGCUUUGGAGAGAUUUGAGGGAAGUUUUAAAUACAGAUGCGAGGAACCUAGUUUCGUCACGUACAGUCUGGUAUUGUUUCGUAAUAGAAACAACACACGAAGUCGUAUAUCUAAUAUGUACUGUGCUCUUGCAUUUCAUACCUGCAUUCUUUGUAGAUAGUGCUUGUAAAUUAUUGAAUAAGCGUCCAAUACUUUCAAAAAUCUAUAAAAAAGUUUACAAACUAUCAACAGUGCUAAGCUAUUAUAUGACAAAUAGUUGGAAAUUCCAAGACAACAAUGUUCUUAAGGCUUAUAAUAAUAUGUCGAAAAACGACCAAGAAGUUUUCAACUGCAAUAUGGCAACCGUAGACUUUAGGCAAUUGGUCAUGAUUUGGGUUUUCGGCGUUCGCAAGUAUAUAAUCAAAGACGGUCUUCUAGGUACAGAGCAGGCGAUUAAAAGACAAUUCUGGUUGAAAAUAAUAACGUACAGUAUAUUCUGUCUAUAUCUUUAUAUAUUUUAUAAAAUAUUGAUUAUGACUUACGAAACGGUUGUUGGAUUUUCUGUGUAG